GGAAGAAAAACUUUGUCUUGGAGUUAACUCCUGGGAAUUUUGAGGUCAUUCAUCAUGAAGUGUGUAGCACAGGAAUGGCCCAGAGUAACUGCCUUGCUAUUCAUAGCUCAAACAGUUUCUGCAAUAGUCCUUCCCAAUGCCACGUUAUUAGAUAAACUUUUGGAAAAGUACAUGGAUGAGGAUGGUGAGUGGUGGAUCGCCAAGCAAAGAGGAAAAAGGGCUAUCACAGACAGUGAUAUGCAAAGUAUCUUGGAUCUUCAUAAUAAAUUACGGGGUCAGGUGUAUCCCCCAGCUUCCAAUAUGGAAUAUAUGUCAUGGGAUGUAGAGCUGGAGAGAUCUGCAGAAUCCUGGGCGGAAACUUGUCUGUGGGAACAUGGACCUGCGAGCCUUCUUCCAUCAAUUGGACAGAAUUUGGGGGCACACUGGGGAAGGUAUAGGCCUCUGACAUUUCAUGUCCAAGCAUGGUAUGAUGAAGUGAGAGACUUUACCUACCCUUAUCCUCAUGAAUGCAACCCAUAUUGUCCUUUUAGGUGUUCUGGUCCUGUUUGUACUCAUUAUACACAGGUGGUAUGGGCCACAAGUAGCAGAAUAGGUUGUGCUAUUAACUUGUGCCAUAACAUGAACAUCUGGGGACAGAUUUGGCCGAAAGCAGUCUACCUAGUGUGCAAUUAUUCUCCUAAGGGCAACUGGUGGGGUCAUGCUCCUUAUAAGCAUGGUCACCCCUGUUCUGCAUGUCCACCUAGUUUUGGAGGAGGCUGCAGAGAAAAUCUUUGCUACAGAGAAGGUUCAGACAGACACUACUCUCCACAUGAACCAGAGGAGGAAACCAAUGAGAUUGAACGGCAGCGAUCCAAAGUGCAAGAAACAACCUCACAAAGUCGAUCAAGAACCCAUUCCCCUUCAGGCUCUAUGAGGAUUGAUGACACUGAGAAAAAUGAAGUAAUAAGCACACAGCAAAUGUCCCAGAUUGUUUCAUGUGAAGUAAGGUUAAGAGACCAAUGCAAAGGAACAACUUGCAAUAGGUAUGAAUGUCCUGCUGGCUGUUUGGACAGUAAAGCCAAAGUUAUUGGAAGUGUACAUUAUGAAAUGCAAUCCAGUAUUUGUCGAGCUGCUAUACAUUAUGGUAUUCUGGACAACGAUGGUGGCUGGGUAGAUGUCACCAGGCAAGGAAGAAAAAAUUAUUUCAUCAAAUCUUAUAGAAAUGGUGUUCAGUCAAUUGGGAAAUACCAGUCUGCUAAUUCCUUCACAGUCUCUAAAGUAGCAGUUCAAGCUAUCACCUGUGAAACAACAGUAGAACAGAUGUGUCCAUUCCAAAAACCAGCCUCACACUGCCCAAGGGUGUAUUGCCCUCCCAACUGUAUGCAGGCAAAUCCACACUAUGCUCGUGUCAUUGGAACACGAAUUUAUUCUGAUAUGUCUAGUAUCUGCCGGACAGCAGUACAUGCUGGAGUGGUUCCCAACCAAGGAGGCUAUGUUGAUGUUAUGCCAGUAGACAAAAGGAAGAUGUACAUUGCCUCCUUUCAGAAUGGAAUAUUUUCAGAAAGUUUGCAGAAUCCUCCAGGAGGCAAGGCUUUCAGAAUAUUUGCUGUUGUUUGAGUCCAGUGAGAGAGAAAUCCAGACUAAAACCAGAGCACUUGGAAGAGAUUAAAGAUUACUUUGUGUACUUUCUAAAGUUUGUAUAAAGCUGUAACUUUAUUGUACAGAAGAUAUCAAAUAUUAUCUGC